AAAUACAAAACGUUUUCUGUGAGGUUUAUGCGAUAGAAUCUAAAGUUUGUACAGUACAACAACCAUUAUGUCUAUGGAAAGUCCCCAUAAAACAUGUAAACUGUACUUUAUACUGUAUAUCAUGGACAGUGGCAAAUGUAGGCAAAUCAACUGCUGUUCAAUCUGAUCAAAUCUGUCUGUUAAUGUUGAAGAUUUUUUAAUUACAGCUACAAAAAAAGUUUAAAAAAAAGCAAGAAAGUCAGAUGGAUAUCAGUAUCGAAGAAGACAUAUCGAUCUUGGAGAACACAACGGAUAUUGAAGCAGGUAUUGCAUGCAGUGUUGCAGGCUGGGGACUACUGAAAACUAAAGGCAAGUUAGCACACGGGGAUUCGGGAGGUCCUUUGGUUUGCUGGAAAACUGCAGUUGGUAUUACAUCCUUUGGGAGUGCAAAGCUCUGCAACGAUCCAACACUUCCUAAUGUUUCUACUAAGAUUUCUGCAAAUAUUCCGUGGAUCUGCUUAAUAGUUGAAAAAACUGAGUGA